UUUCCUCAAAAUCUUUUUUUACCUUUUUCUUCGAUGAAAUGUUAUCAUAGAGUAAUUUUUAAUGUUGAAAAGUUAAGAUAAAUGUUGUGAUGUGAAUUACUUUUUCUGGUAGCGGAGGUUUCGUCAACGGAAGUAGAAUUCACGUGGGAAACAACGGAACCUUAUCCGUCCACUCAGCCGGAAUGAAAGAUGGAGGAAUGUACGAAUGCGAAGCGAACAACGGCAUCGAUCACCCUCUCAAGAAAACCGUUCAAGUGAGGGUGAAGGUUCCGGCAAAGUUCGAGGAGAAGUUCCCUGUGGUGAACGUGAAGAAGGGGGACAGCGGUAGAAUGAAAUGUGAAGCCCUCGGAGAUCAACCCCUCUCCAUCACCUGGCAGAGGGAUGACGCUACCAUCAGCAAAACUGGUGAUGAACGGUAAAGCGCAUCACCCCUC